UGCGCAGACUAAAAGUUCAGCCGCUGAGUUUUUACUUUCGCUUUGGUUCCAUGUUGAUCUCCUCCUUCUUAAGAACUUAAAAUACUAUCAGUCUUUUUAACACUAAAUCCCAAAAUGUAACGGUUUAACGGUUUAUAUAUGUAUGUUUAAAAUAUGUCACUAGUCACUAGUUAAAGUUACUAAGGAAGCUUAUCUGACAGGGAGCUAACUUCGAAGCAGCAAUGUGACAAAAACAUAUUCGUGUACAUUCUGGACCUGAGCUUUGCUAAUAACCAUAGAGUGGAUCAGCCAUAGACCCAAUAUGGACCGAGCAGUACCAAGGCAGAGUCCGCAGACUAGUUUCUGGGAGAUGAAGGAAAGGCUUGGUAUGGGCGGAUUUGGACACGUCUACCUCUAUCAGCACAGUGAUAACGGGGAAAAAAUAGCUGUGAAGAUUUGUCGCUUAGAUUUGAACGCCAAGAACAAGGACCGCUGGAGUAGAGAGAUUCAAAUUAUGAAAAGAUUAAGCCAUGUUAAUGUUGUUGAGGCACGAGAAGUUCCUAAAGAGUUGCUCUCAAUCGCUAUAAAUGAUCUGCCUGUUCUGGCCAUGGAGUACUGCUCCAGAGGAGACCUGCGCAAGGUAUUGAAUAAACCAGAAAAUUGUUGUGGAUUAAAGGAAAGUGAAAUUCUUUCCCUUCUGAAAGACAUUGGUGCUGGUAUUCAGUAUCUUCAUGAAAACAAAAUCAUCCACAGAGAUUUGAAGCCUGAGAACAUAGUUCUACAAGAUAGCAAUGGAAAGUUUAUCCACAAAAUUAUUGAUCUUGGCUAUGCAAAAGAUCUUGAUCAGGGUAGUCUUUGCACAUCGUUUGUGGGAACUCUGCAGUAUUUGGCUCCUGAGCUUUUUGAAAGCAAACCAUACACUCUAACAGUGGACUACUGGAGCUUUGGGACAGUCAUUUUUGAAUGCAUUUGUGGCUUUCGUCCUUUCUUGCAUCACAUGCAGCCAGUGCAAUGGAUAAGUAAGGUGAAAAAUAAGGGUCCUAAAGAUAUUAUGGCAAUAGAAGACAUGAAUGGAGAAGUCAGAUUCUCUGCACAUCUUCCCUACCCAAACAAUCUCAGCAGGCCUUUGUUGGAGCCAAUUGAAUCUCUACUUCAAAUUUUACUGUUGUGGGAUCCUGCAGUGCGUGGUGGAGAAACAGAUGAAAAUACUGACAAGCCAUUCUGUUUCAGCAUCCUACAGAACAUUCUUGAUAUGAAAAUCAUUCAUGUGUUGGACAUGACGUCAGCUCAGCUGCACUCCUUAGUGCUGAGUCCCGAGGAAAGUUUGAACUCACUGGAGCUUCGACUGGAGGCCCAGACUCAGGCUCAUGUCCCUCCUCUGAACCAGGAGCUUCGACUGGAGGCCCAGACUCAGGCUCACAUAUCCCCUCUUAACCAGGAGCUUCUGCUGGAGACAGGGAUUUCACUGGACCCCCGCAGACCACCGGCUCAGUGUCUGCCAGAGGAUUUGCAUGGCUGGGACAAGUGUAUAGUCUUUCUUUUCGACAAGAGCCUGACCAAGUACUCUGGACCUCUGACUGCUAGAACUCUGCCAGAUAGUGUUAACUUUAUUGUGAGGGAGACCAAGACACAGCUUCCUCUGGCAGCACUGAGAAAAGUUUGGGGAGAAGCUGUCAGCUAUAUAUGUGGCCUCAAAGAGGACUACCUACGCCUGUAUCAGGGACAGAGAGCAGCCAUGUUAAGUCUACUUCGUUAUAAUACAAACCUUACGCGGUACAAGAACCUGCUCUUCUCAAGGUCUCAGCAGCUCAGAGCAAAACUGGCUUUCUUUAAGACCAGCAUCCAACACGACCUAGAGCUGUACACAAGACAGCAACAAAAUGGGAUAUCUUCUGAGAAAAUGUUGAAGACCUGGCAAGAAAGUGAUGAAAAGGCUGACAACUUCACAAAGGUUGCAGAUGUGGGCUACCUGGAUGAAGAGAUACUAGGCUUGCAUUUGGAGAUUGUGGAGCUACAGAGAAGUCCAUUUGCCAGAAGACAGGAGGAUGUGAUGAAGCAGCUUGAGGAAAAGGCAAUUGACCUCUACAAGCAACUGAAAGCUAAAUGCAAAAGUCCGGACCCUCCACAUGGCUAUAGUGACAGCUCUGAAAUGGUCCGCACCAUUCUUCAGACUGUGCAAAACCAAGACCGAGUGCUUAAAGACCUAUAUACUCACCUAAGUACAAUCUUGGUUUUCAAGAGACGCAUCGUGGACUUGUUCCCAAAGUUGGAAAGAGCACUGGAAAAUAUUGCAACUGCUGAUGCAGCUGUAAUGCAGAUGCAGAUGAAGAGACAAAGGGAGUUCUGGUACUUGCUCAAGAUUGCCUGUGCGCAGACUGGUUCCCCACCUCAGUCACUUCAAGACAAACCCUCAAAUAAUGUAACUGUUGGGCAGUUGUUAGAUGAAAAUCAACACUAUCUGAGUCAACUGACAUCUCUUCUGCAGGAUGCAACUCAGGAGACAGAGACAAGUGUUAUGGAUCAGGACUGGAGCUGGACUCAGUAUGAUACAAUGAAGACCCAACUGCAGAACUUAUAGAAUAAAAUAAUAAACAUGACCAGAACAGUAAAUUUUCACUAUUAUGUAUGUUAUCCAGAGAUAUAGGCCUAAAUAACAGUUUUCUACCAAUAUCACUGUCAAUAUAGCUGCAAAUAUUUUAAGCCAUUGAUGUUAAGCAUUGUAUUUAAAAUAUUAAUAAAUUCUAUUAUUAUUAUGUAUUUAUCAUA